UAUCAACCAAGAAGGAGAGUUCAGCAACAGGAGCAUGGACGAAGGAAACGUGGGCGAUGGCGAGUCGUGGUGGCAGCUCCAGUGCUGCAAUGACGACCAAAUGCAAUCAAUCUUUGUCAUCGUCGGAUACACCAUCCUCAUCUUCAAACUGUAUGCUCCGUUGCCUUGACCCACGACCCUCAUUUCCCCGCUAGGUGGCGAUUUCCGCUCUUGCAUCCGUUCAAAAUCCUGACGGUCUUUUUGCACGAGUUGGGACAUGCGCUAGCAGUCUGGAUGACCUGCGGCAAAGUCACGUCCAUGGAAGUGCACCCGAACGAGGGUGGCGUCACGAGUUAUGCUGGCGGGGUGGCUCUAGUUAUUGUUCCAGCGGGCUACUUGGGGUCGGCUGUCUGGGGCAUGGCCUUCGUCGUUGCCAGUCCCGACCGCCUCGCUGCCGAGAUCGCCGCGGGCAUCCUCAUCUUGUUCCUACUUAUCUUUAUCUACUACGCCAAAAACGCGUACAUGCGAUGGCUCAACGCAGGUUUCAUCGUGAUCCUGGGCGGGCUCAUCGCGCUCGACCGCGCCGUCCCCGGAGGUGCCUUCGCCCUUCGUUACGUCAUUCUGUUCAUGGGGGUCAUGAGCUGUCUGUUUUCCGUCUAUGACAUCUGGGACGACUUGAUUGCUCGGCGUAUCAACGACAGCGAUGCCUCUGUGUUUGCAAAGAUGACUCACACGUCGUCUCGGUGCUGGGGGGUCAUCUGGGGGCUGUUCGCACUGGGUACGAUGGGGGGCGCCGUGUACCUGAACCUGCUCGUCAUCCAGCACGUGCUCCCUGGUCCGUCCAUCGCGUCGAUUCACGAGCUCAGCGGCGCCACGACCGCCGCCCUCGUCGUGGCGGCGUCUGUCCUGGGCAUUGGGGUCCUGCACACCAUCGUUACCCGUCGAUGCAUGGUACAAUCGGGUUCGAAUCAACUUGGAUAUGCCCAAGCCCCCUAAGCUGUACAGCAGCUAGUAUUAUCAUCACCAUCGGACUUGUUCCAUCAUAGCAAUACACAUGCGUGUAUAACGCUAUUUCCAAGUUAUGCUGUGUGAUCUUUGCAUGUGGCAGAAUACACACUCGACGAGCGCUGCGGUUGCUUGAGCAUUCGAAACGCAUUGUCUUGAGCCCGAGAGUACACUUGGACAAACGACGGCGGCACUCCGUCCACGAGCACAUUGGGCGGAAGGAUGCAGCUGUCCUGGCCCGACAUCCCCCCGUCAUGAAACAUGGCUAGGGACGGAUCUGGGUUCACUUCAAGCAUCACCACACGCGAGUGGUCGUCCAUCUACCGGUAGUACAGAAGCAACUCGUUGAAAACUCGACUUGGUUGUGGCCAUAUAGACAUUCGUGUCCAUUUAGCCACAACACGGUAAACAUGCAGUAGAUAGACCCUUACAAUCAUAUCGUACCAUGAAAUCGACGCCAA